UAAUGAUCAACAAGAGAUGGUUCCCAGCAAGAAGACCGCUGUUCUUGUGGAUGGGAUUGUCCUGAAUGGCCCUACAACAGACGCAAAAGCAGGAGAAAAAUUUGUUGAAGAGGCCUGCAGGCUAAUAAUGGAAGAGGUGGUUUUGAAGGCUACAGAUGUCAAUGAGAAGGUUUGUGAAUGGCGGCCUCCUGAACAACUGAAAGAACUUCUUGAUUUGGAGAUGAGAGACACAGGCGAGCCGCCCCACAGGCUGUUGGAACUCUGCCGGGAUGUCAUACGCUACAGCGUCAAAACUAACCACCCAAGAUUUUUCAACCAGUUGUAUGCUGGACUUGAUUAUUACUCCUUGGUGGCCCGAUUUAUGACAGAAGCAUUGAACCCGAGCGUUUAUACGUAUGAGGUGUCCCCAGUGUUUCUGUUAGUGGAAGAAGCGGUUCUGAAGAAAAUGAUUGAAUUUAUUGGCUGGAAAGAAGGGGAUGGAAUAUUUAACCCAGGUGGUUCAGUGUCCAAUAUGUAUGCAAUGAAUUUAGCUAGAUACAAAUAUUGUCCUGAUAUUAAGGAAAAGGGACUGUCUGGGUUGCCGAGAUUAAUCCUUUUCACAUCAGCAGAGUGUCAUUACUCCAUGAAGAAGGCAGCCUCCUUUCUUGGGAUUGGCACUGAGAACGUCUGCUUUGUGGGAACAGAUGGAAGAGGUAAAAUGCUACCUGAGGAAUUGGAGAAGCAAGUCUGGCAAGCCAAAAAAGAGGGGGCAGCACCAUUUCUUGUCUGUGCCACCUCUGGUACAACUGUGUUGGGAGCCUUCGACCCUCUAGAUGACAUAGCUGACAUCUGUGAGAGGCAUGGCCUCUGGCUUCAUGUGGAUGCUUCUUGGGGUGGCUCAGCUUUGAUGUCAAGGAAGCAUCGCAAGCUUCUCCAUGGCAUCCACAGGGCUGACUCUGUGGCCUGGAACCCACACAAGAUGCUGAUGGCUGGAAUCCAGUGCUGUGCUCUUCUCGUGAAAGACAAAUCCGUGAGUUUUCCUAAUAAAAAGAUAAUUUUGCAGAUGUAUGGCUGUGAAGUGGGCUUUGCCCUCGAUCUUCCUUCUCGUAGACGAGAUGAAGACAUGUUAUAUGGUCCUGAACUUGCGCAGCGGGGUCAUGACGAUGACGUUUCCAGCACCAGCGAAGUUGACGGCUAUCCUGAGGACAUGGAUCGAGAUAAGCAUGAUGACGUUACUGAUGACAGUGACACUGACAGAUCAGAUGGAGAAAGUGAGGGGGAUGAAUUUGUACACCGUGAUGAUAAUGAAAGAGACAACAAAUGA